AUGGCGAAUACAUCCGUCCUCACCAACCGGCUUGAUGACACGAGAGGGUCUCAUCGAACCCGCUCCAUAAUCAUGUAUGGGCGUAGUGACCUAGCGAGUACAGGCCAGAGCGCCCGGACUAUUACCAGUUUGCUACAAGAAUCUACAGAUACAACCAACAAACUUACAACUUGCACUAAAAAGAAUGUUCAACGUAUCAGUAACAGUGUUCAGGAACAAAUUGAACAACUUUUUACUGAUGUAGCUAAAGAUGCUACGUGCAGCUUUCCAGUGGUUUACUUAGGCUCUCUAUCAUUAAAAUCUAAAGUUACAAGCCUUCAAGAACUACAAGGACCUCUUCGGGAACUGUAUCUAAGGGACUCGCCUAUUACGAAACAAAUGGCUGGGUUUCUGGAAAUUUGUACAAAGGGAUUAAGAGUUAAACUAAGCUCAACUCCUAUUGAAAAUGCCAAAAAUUAUGAAACCACUACCCCUUUCCAUAAUAUUGCUGUUUGGUCCGCAGUAAAGUUGGUAAUUUCAAAUAAUGAUGGUAGCGCAGCCUUUUUGCCAUUGAUUACGGAUCCCGAAAAUAUUGAGAAGACUUCACUGUUUCGUCCUCUGUGUGGAACGGAAAAUAAUCAAGUACUAAACAGCGGCCUAGCUCCGAUUUUCGCGGUGGUGAUGCGCUCCGCAGGCUCGCCAAAAGUUCUUAAAUGCCAUGCAUUUAUAUGUAAAACUACUGAAGAUGCAAUCGUAAUUGCUGCUACACUUUAUCAAAGCUUAAUGGUACAUGUGAAUACAAGUUCGCACCGCAGUUGUAAAAGACGUGCGCCCCGAAACCAAAAUGGCGUUAGUUGCGUAAGUACUGCCAGUAGUUCUGUCCGAACUGGCUCAAAAUACUUAUCGAAUUCUCAAGCAUUAGUCAAUGGACGCAAGAGUUCUUUUCGCAGUUCAAGUGAAAGCUUCGGAGCGAAAACCGCCACACCUCCAAGAAUAGGACGCAAGAAGCGUGUUACGAAUGGCGCUCUUGCAUCCAGCAAUAACAUUAUUAAUGAGGCGGAAACUACAACAGAAGAACGCAAGAGAAAAUCUCACAAAAGUAAACGUGCACCAUCAGUUCCAAAAGUCCUACAUGCAGGUGCGUCUAGUUGUAACAAGAGUGUUCCAAGCACUCCUGGGCUCAAAGAAUCCCUCUGCGAUUGCUGCGGAAGCAAAAACAUCAACCAUAAAAAUUUACGGACUGGAAAGGCUGUAGAAAGUGUGUACAAAGUUUUAGAGGUUUUAGAUGCAAGACCUUUACCAAUAACGGACUCAGUGGGUAGUAACUCCAAUACUGGUCCACACUGUGAAACCAAUGGAGAUAUAUUAACACGAGUAGCAAUACCACGAUCCGGUAGCUUCCUAAAUACGGGAGGACUUACGCGGUAUAAAUCAAGAGCUGCGCGUUGUCAUUCGGGAAAAUCAGGCGGUGGUGGUGGUUCACCACUCGGGUUCAGCGAACUCUUUAACGAAUUUCGAUUACAUGAAAACCUUAAUUCAUUGGACGAGAUUCUUAAUGCCAUAAUUGACGCCGAUGGAAUGUCAUUUAACGACCUUAAACCAAUUUACAAGGAAUUUCUUCUCAAGUUAGCGGUCACUCUUACUAAAGACGAGCUCUUCCACAGAUCAAAGAAUAUUAUGCGUCGACAAAGGAAAAAAAAGUUGAGGCGACAAAAUAGUUCUUCGAUUCCGCAGAAAAAGUCGAAAACUGCAGUUUUCGGUACAAAAAACCUUAAAAAGGUUUUUCAUUUGGGACAGUUUACAUCUUGCCGUGGGAAGCCAAUUAAACUUCACAUAGAUAAAAAAGUCGGAUACAAAAAUCGUUACAUUAGUGAGACCACCACAAAUCAGCCAUCCGUUACCCAGCACCCAAACGAACAGCAGCAGACACGGGUAGCAACUAGUGGAUCGGACGUGUCGGUGGUACGCAACGACAACACCCUCCGUGGCUUAAAUAGAAACAGCAGCAGCGGCUACGUCUCUUGUUCCGAGUGCAGCUAUGACUCAGAAUCAUGUACGUGUACUUCAGCUGACAGAUGUUACUGCAGUCUUAGAACAGAUCACAUCAACAACAGGCUCUGUCGGAAAAAAGAUUCCAACGCGACUCUUUCAAAGCAUUUAACUAACGUCGAUAGGCAUAAUACAUCUUGCCAUUCCGGUAUAGACAAUAACCGAUAUUCGUUAAUCUCGUGUAAUUCAAAUGAAAAAUGCUAUUGUUCUAUGGUGGAACAAGGGGGACCGAGUGAUUUGCCUGGUGCUGACGCAGCCAUCUCACAGUCCGACAGCUCUUGGUGCGACACGGAUAGUUGCGUUAGCACCAGCAAAUGCUAUUGCCCGCGGGAGAAUCGAACAACAAGAUCUGGGUCUGGAGAAAUAAAUCCUUCUAAAGCACACCAAGAUAGCACUUCUGGCCGAACAGCUGCAGAAAAACUAGCUCUGGACUAUGAACUCUUUACGAUCAAUGGCAAUGGCAAAUCUGUUCAGCCACACGAAGCUUUAAGUGUUAAAAAGAGCGUAGAGGCAGCUGCUAUUUUUGCUGAUGUAAAACUUAGCCAAACUACUGAUAUUAAGAGCAUGUGUCCACAACCGUUUUUGAAUCCUAAACCAAGCGAGGAUACAAAAAUAUAUUCCCAUUGCGAAAAAAAACGCGAUUCCUUAAGCAUUGAUCGUCGUCACAACGAUCACAGUGCUUGGAACUUAUCAUCAAGCUCAUCGCAAAAAUGCCGUAGUGCUGACGAUAUAUUGGGAAAAUUGAGAACAAAGAAAGGAAAUGCAAAUCCAGAAUCAUUAAAAAGUACUCUUUCUAAAGGAAAGGCUAAGCAGAUUGAACUGGAGAUGGACGAAAGUGUUCACAAUAAUUAUCCAGCUUUGAAUGCCUCUUUGGAAGAUACAUUAGGGUACUUGCCAUAAAUUAAAGCUAUGCCAAGUAUACUACGUAGAAAUAUGUAUACAUACAUAUGUAUAGUAUAUACUAUUCCAUAUGCACAUAUAUUUUUCGAUUACGUACAUACAUAGCAUGAGCAUGUUAACAGCUUUUUUAGGUGUAAUGACACUACGUAUUAAAAAAAAUAAAACACUGUUACGCCAUAUAA